AUGAAUUUUUCAGACGUAUUGUACGGCACAGGCUUCAUAUGCAAUACCGGAGGUAUUAUCCUGGGACCGUCGGGUUUAGGAAAAUCUCCAGCAUUCUCCAAAUGGGUUUUCCCAGAGAGCAGCAUUUAUUUCAGCCAAACCGUCGCCUUAUUUGGGUGCAUGAUCUUUAUGUUCCUAGUUGGAGUGAAAAUGGAUACACAUCUGAUGAGGAAGUCAGGAAGGAGAGGAGUAGUCAUAGGCUUCUGCAACUUCUUCUUGCCAUUGAUAAUUGUGGUUGGCUUGGCUCACAAUCUCAGAAAAACUAAGACCUUGGCCCACAAUAUAAGCAAUUCUAUUUACUGUGUAGCAACACUGAUGAGCAUGAGUUCCUCCCAUGUCAUUACUUGCCUUCUAACUGAUAUCAAGAUCCUCAACUCCGAGCUGGGAAGGUUAGCCCUAUCCUCAUCUAUGAUAAGUGGCCUGUGCAGUUGGACCCUGGCAUUGGGCUCAUAUGUAAUAUUUCAAGGCUCAACUGGUCAGUAUGAAAGCAUGCUAGCAUUAUCCUUGUCAUUUAUCAUCUUGGUGCUUAUCAUUGUAUACAUUCUGCGGCCUAUUAUGGAUUGGAUGGUUGAACAGACUGCUGAAGGAAAACCAAUCAAGGAGAGCUAUGUCUUUAGCAUCUUUGUGAUGAUCUUAGGGAGUGCCUUCCUUGGUGAGAUCAUUGGCCAGCAUUUCAUGGUUGGGCCUAUAAUUUUGGGCAUUUUUGUACCGUGUGGACCACCAUUAGGAUCAGCACUGAUUGAGAAGCUCGAGUCCUACACUUCCGCUAUUCUUCUGCCACUUUUUUUCGUUAUCUACUCGUCGAGAAUAAAUCUUUCUAUAAUAAGUUCGAAGAACUUUCUCACUUUGGCAGUCAUAGAGUUAGGCGCCUCCGCGGGAAAAAUUGUGGGAACCAUGUUGCCUGCCAUGUACUACAAAAUGCCAAUCGAUGAUGCACUGUCGUUAGGCCUUGUCAUGAGUGCCCAAGGCAUCUGCGAGGUUAUAAUUUCAGGAAGAGCGCUGAUGCUUGGGUACGUCGAUGAAGAGUCAUAUAGCAUCAUGAUCAUAUGUAUGGUUCUCUUCUCCGGAGCCAUCGCACCCCUAGUGAAGAUGUUGUACAAGCCAAGGAAAUACAGAUCACAGAAGCGAAGGACAAUACUCCAUUCCAGACCCGAUUCCGAGCUCCGCUUGCUGGCUUGCAUCUACCAUGAAAACAACACAUCUCCCCUCCUUAAUCUUCUUGAAGUCUCCAAUCCAAGCUUCGGAAGUCCAAUCUGCUUUUACGUUGUGCACCUUGUUGACCUUGAAGGCAGAUCAUCUUCCAUGUUUGUGGCUCAUCGUCCAGGGAAAAGGAAGUCCGCUCACGCCACCCACUCUAAGCACAUCAUAAACGCUUUCAGAUUAUACCAGCAACAAAACAAAGGCGCUGUGACAGUGAAUCCCUUCACAUCCAUUGCACCAUACGAGACCAUUCAUCAAGAUGUCUGUGGACUUGCUCUGGACAAGAGGGUGGCUAUGGUGCUAGUUCCAUUCCAUAAGCGGUUUACCGUUGACACCACCGACGCAGCCAACACUACCAUCCGGACUGUCAACCGCAACAUACUCGAAAACAGCCCUUGCUCCGUCGGCAUCUUGGUUGAUCGCGGCACGCUGCCUACCAACACCUUCUUGUUUGCCAGCAGAACCGGAUACAGAAUUGGGGUGUUGUUCGUUGGCGGGGCUGACGAUAGAGAGGCACUAGCAUACGCCAUGCGCAUGGCAGAACACCCAAAUGUAAGUCUCACAGUGGUUCACUUUGUUGAUUCCAGCUCCAAAGACCAGAAAUAUCACCAGAGAGGAUUCGACUAUGAACUGAUCAAUGAAUUUAGGCUGGCAAACCUUGGAAGCGAAAGCCUGGUUUUCAAAGAGGAACUGGUAACAGACAGCUUGGGAAUUAUCACAGCGAUCCAAACCUUAGAUAACUCGUAUGAACUAGUGCUGGUGGGUAGAAGCCAUGCAAAUGAUUCAACAAUGUUUGGUGGGUAUACAGAAUGGAAUGAGUUUCCAGAGCUAGGGUUUAUCGGGGACAUGCUAGCAUCCUCAGAUUCCAAAUGCAAGGCCUCACUACUGGUGGUGCAACAACAAGCAUUUGUAGGUGAUGGCAUGCUGGAACCCUCGCCUUUCAUUGAGGGAGAUGCAUUUGCUGUUGUGGAUAUGGGAAAAAUGUGA